GAAGAAGAAGCACCGACAUUGAUUAAACAUGGCGCGGGAAACCGAGGAAGCGAUGGAAUCAGUGGACGAAGAAAUGGAUCGGUUUUCUCCAUCGUCUUUGAAAUUGUACGAAACUCAAUUUUUCGGCUUCACCCCACAGACCUGCAUGUUACGGAUUCACAGCGCUUUCCAGGACUGCCUGUGCGACAUUUUACCCGUGGUAGAGGAGGUGUGUGUCAGGCAAUUGAGAAAGGGCGAGUCUGACGGGGCCGAGGAGCUCCUUCGAACCCGGGCCAGAGAGUGCAGCCGGAAGCUACAGCAAUUUCUAGAGGAGCGCUUCAAGCAGCUUUCAGAGCGGAUGGAGGCGCUGCUGAUGAACCGCUGCUUCGCCGUUCCCCCCAAUGUUCUGCUGCCCGAAGACCAGUCACACAAGAACUACCCUCAGGACUUACAGGAGGUGUUAAGGCUUGAAACGUCCAUUGCAGAUAUCCAAAGAGCCUACGAAGCUGAAGUUUGUGCCAGACAAGCCCUACUAGCUGAGCUGGAGGAGCAGCGGGAGGUGCAGCAGCAGCUGGAGGGCAUCCUGUCAUGGGUCAGAGAGCUUCAGGCAGCCUGGGUGAAGGAGGGUAACGGCAACUUCCAGGAAAGUUUCCGGCUGGUGAUGGAGUCUGUAAAAAAACUGCAGGUUGCUGUCAGAGAGGUGCUGGCCUGCAGCAAAACCUCCAGCUGAAAAGAUGUGUGAGAAGUAAUGUGUAUAAUAAAGACAUUUCUGAGUCAGUUUAAUUGAUUUGGUUUUUAAUAUUGAUUUGAUUUAUCUCUUCACAAUGUUAAGCAUUUUGUAGCACAACUUUUAUUUGGUGCUUCAGUGUAAGUGUAAUACCCAACAGAGGGUGUUCUCUGCAUGUAAUCACAAUUUAUUUAGCUUGUUAAGUCCAUAAUUGCAGUCUGGGUGUGAGAGCAAAAAAAAAAAACAUUGUAUGUUAAACUGCAUGAAAACAUUUUCAGGUUACAGCUUCUGUGGUCAGACAUAAGUGAAUACACGGAAUAUUUUUGACAUUGAAAUGUUUUUUACUAAUAUUUUGCCAACACAAGAAAAUUGGUGACUGAUGAACAAUAACCUUCAGCUGUAUUCCCCUCUAACUCUUUAUCUUUCUGCAAUACAUUUAAAAAUGUUGUAAGGAUUUGAUGAUAGCUGAUUCACAAACCCUCUAUAUUUUGUUGUAUUAUUUGAUUCAUAGGUCUGUUAGUCCGACAUGUAAGUUAAACUAUAUAUAAAGUCCCUUCUUUGCUUUCUUUGAGACAUGUCAUGAAAUUAUAGUUAUUGUGUGUUUCUUAGAUGUGACAUCGUUAGCCUCAAAACACAAUUGCCUUAGUUAUUUAGGGUAAAUUGUGAUAUCUAUUACUCUCCUAAUGUGCUGUUUGCAUCAUUGAAUAUAAAACUUUAAAAUAUGACUUGGGCAAUUGUGGUAUGAGACUAAUGCUAUAUUAUAAAAUUAAUGUUUUUAUUAUUAGUUUUGUUUUGUUUACUGGAGAGCUUGUGUAUUAACUGCACCAUGUACUAACUUUGCUCUGUAAUCACUAGAGGGCAGCAUAUGCAUAUCAUAAGCAUUGUAUUGUCCUAACAUGCUCCAUCUGAAAUGCUCAAAGGUGACAAAUGGUAGGAAAAUGAGGAUUGUAAAUAAAAUCAUAUUGAUUUGAAA